UUAGAGGUUGCGUUAGAGGGCGCUGUGAUGUUCUUGUUGUGCUGAAUUUGAGGAAGAGUUGUGGCCUUACGAGUCAACAUCAGCUUACUGAGGUCCUUCUCAAACUCACAGCUGGACAAAAUGCUGGUCCUUGUUUUAGGUGACCUGCACAUUCCCCACCGAUGCAACACUUUACCUGCCAAGUUCAAGAAGUUACUGGUGCCCGGCAAGAUUCAGCACAUCCUUUGCACGGGAAACCUCUGUACAAAGGAGAGCUAUGACUACCUGAAGACACUUGCUGGAGAUGUUCACAUAGUCAGGGGAGACUUUGAUGAGAACUUGAAUUACCCAGAGCAGAAGGUGGUGACAGUGGGGCAGUUUAAGAUUGGUCUAAUCCACGGCCACCAGGUGAUACCCUGGGGUGAUAUGGCCAGCCUUGCACUGCUUCAGAGACAGCUGGAUGUGGAUAUUCUCAUCUCCGGCCACACACACAAAUUUGAGGCUUUUGAGAAUGAAAACAAAUUUUAUAUUAAUCCUGGGUCAGCCACAGGAGCCUAUAGUGCACUGGAAAGUAACAUUACUCCGUCGUUUGUAUUGAUGGACAUUCAGGCAUCCACAGUGGUAACAUACGUCUACCAGCUCAUUGGUGACGAUGUCAAAGUCGAGAGAAUCGAAUACAAAAAGUCUUAAACGCGUAGGAUGGUUCCUGCUGCCUUUUUUCAGGAUGCUAAUCCUGCCAUUCCUUCAUAUCUGAACCCACCGGAACGCCACCACAGAGAAAAUGCUGUAUCAUAACACUGCGCUAUGUUAAUGUAAUAUAUAAUACUGUUUAUAUGUCAUCAGAUUAUCAUAGUUUGUUUGGGUUCGUGAUCUCUGCAGAAUGCAAUAAUGUAGUAUUAUUUGCAUAAUAUUAGCAAGAAAUAGUCUAUUCAUAUGUUAUAUGCCCUAUUAAUUUUUUUCAAGGCCACAAGAUGUGUUUUUCAAGGUUGAUGUGAAAUCAUAUUUCGUACAAUAAAACCUCAUGUCACAUGA